AUGAGCUUGCCGGAGCGUGUCAAGGAGAAAGCCGAAAAUGCGAUAACGGACAAGAAGCCCAAGAAAGAAAAGACGCCCAAGCAGCCCAAGCAGCCCAAGCCACCCAAGGAGGCAAAGCCACCAGUGGAGAGACCUGCAAAACCUGCAAAACCUGCAAAUGCAGCGCCGUCGGCCCCGGCUGACCCAGAUGCUAUGUUCAAAGAAGGCUGGCUGGCGGCAGUCCGGAAGGAACGACCAGCCGAUGAACCUGUAGUCACCCGAUUUCCUCCAGAACCGAAUGGCUAUCUCCACAUCGGCCACAGCAAAGCCAUUGCAAUCAAUUUUGGUUUUGCCAGAUUCUACGGUGGAAAAUGCAACUUGCGAUACGACGACACGAACCCGGAAGCAGAAGAAGAAGUCUAUUUUACCGCCAUUGAGGAUAUUGUGCGCUGGCUGGGUUUUAAUCCUGCUUUGAUCACCUACUCCAGCGACUUCUUUGAUCAGUUGUACGAGUUGGCCGAGAAGCUUAUCACCUUGGACGGCGCCUAUGUAUGCCACUGCACCGACGAGGAGCUUAAAGAUCAGCGAGGCGGGACAGAUCCGAAGAAUAAGCAUGAGAGAUACGCUUGCCCUCACCGAAACCGACCGAUUGAAGAAUCCCUUGCCGAGUUUCGAGCCAUGAGAGAUGGCAAGUACAAGCCCAAAGAAGCCUUUUUGCGGAUGAAGCAGGAUCUUUCGGAUGGCAACCCUCAGAUGUGGGAUUUGGUUGCCUACCGCGUCCUCGAGAAACCACAUCAUCGCACAGGCAACAAAUGGAGAAUCUACCCUACCUACGACUUCACCCACUGCCUGUGUGAUAGCUUCGAGGGCAUAACUCAUUCGUUGUGCACGACUGAAUUCAUCCUGUCCAGAGUAUCAUACGAGUGGCUCAACAACAAGGUCGACGUCCCUCACAAGCCGAUGCAGAGAGAAUACGGUCGAUUAAACGUCACCGGCACUGUCUUAUCGAAACGAAAAAUCAAAAAGUUGGUGGACGAGAAGAUUGUCGCCGGUUGGGACGACCCCAGGUUGUACACUCUUGUUGCUUUGCGGAGGAGGGGUGUUCCGCCCGGUGCCAUCCUGUCAUUUGUCAGCGAGCUUGGAGUCACCACGGCGACUAUCAAUAUUCAGAUUGUGCGAUUUGAACAGUCAAUCCGCAAAUAUCUGGAAAUGACCGUGCCUCGUCUCAUGCUUGUGCUAGAUCCCGUACCUGUCAUCAUCGACGAUCUGCCCGACGAUUACUACGAGGAACUGGAAAAUGCGUUCGGUCCGAAAGACGUCGAUAUGGGCUCUCACAAGCUGCCCUUCACAAACAAGGUCUAUAUCGAGCGCGACGACUUCAGAGAGGUGGACAGCAAAGACUUCUUCCGCAUGGCGCCCGGAAAGCCUGUUGGCCUACUGAAAGUCCCUUAUCCCGUUAUUGCAACCAGCUUCGAGAAGGAUGAGGCUACCGGACUGGUCACUGAGAUACAUGCGAAGUACGACAAGCCAGCAGAAGGCGAGAAAAUCAAGAAGCCCAAAGCUUACAUCCACUGGGUUGCUGAUGCGCCGGAGCAUGGUUCACCAAUCAAAUGCGAGGUCCGUGUCUUCAACCCUCUUUUCAAGUCCGACAAUCCAGACUCGGUGGAGCCGAGUUUCAUGGCAGACAUACGGGAAGACAGUCUCAAGGUGUACCCGAAUGCUAUGGCAGAGGUCGGGUUGAAGGAGAUCCGGGAACGAGCUCCAUGGCCAGAGGAAGCCGGUGAAAAGAAGGGUAAUUGCGGUUUUGAGUCGGUUAGGUUUCAGGCGAUGCGUAUGGGCUAUUUCUGCAUGGACAAGGAUACAGACGAGGCGGCGGGGAAGAUUGUGCUCAAUCGAAUCGUCAGUUUGAAGGAGGACGCUGGAAAGAGUGCAUGA